CAAGAAGUAUCUCAACGAAGAAGAAUUUUCAAGAAAUAUUCAUUUAAUUACAAAUUAAAUUACUACCUUCCAAGAUGAAAUUCGCUUAUCUCCAAAGCAUCACUGUGAUCAUAUUUCUGAUAGUUGUUCGAAUUACUGGCGAGCAAAGAUUCGCGGAAACUCCAGCCCUGUAUCAAGAAGUUUCCUCCGGUGACGAUGUACAAUUAAGGUGCAGGGUACAGGACAAACGGGGUCAAUGUAUAUGGCAGAAGGACCGGAAACCAGUAGGUAUGCAUCCAGAUAAAUACGAAUGGGCCAGCGGACGCGGCAGCGAUUGCACCCUUCUUAUCAGGAGAGCCUCCCUCGACUUCGAUGACGGCUACUGGGAGUGUCAAGUCACCUCUGGUGACUUCACGCGACAGGACGCCUUAACUUCUUUACCAUCUCGUCUUUUAGUUAGGGUAAAACCCCGCAAACCACGGUUGGAAUAUGGAGGGACGAUUUUAAACUCCGCCCUAACUCUAAGGGAAGGCCAGGAAGUUACCAUUUCCUGCGUAUCAAGAUAUGGAAACCCACCGGCGCUUAUCAAAUGGUACAUAGGAGGGGAUGAAGUAGAGCCAUUAAGGGAGCAGACAAACGCGACAGAAGUAGAUAGUCCGAAAACCUGGGCAGCCCACAGCCUCCUCCGUGUCCGUGGACAAAGGGAAAACCAUGGUCUACCGAUUCGGUGCAUCACGAUGCAUCCAUCCAGCGUCGUUCCAACGUCUGCGGAAACACGACUGGAUGUGCAUUACUCUCCAGAUGUAAGAAUAGAAACGAAGCCCCGACUCCUGGUGGCGGCACUGGAGGAUUCGGCCAGCUUUAUGAGCCUGAAAUGCUUCGCGGAUGGCAAUCCCAGCGGAACGAUCAAGUGGUUCAAGGAUUCAACUCCCAUCGCGGUAACAAGCAACGUGGUGGCGUUGAUGCUAAACAGAACGCAGCAGAACGGCACGAUGACCGGCUCCGAGUUGAGAUUCGAGCCGGUCAAGAGAAACGAUGCCGGUCUCUAUUCUUGCAAGGCGGUCAACGUUAUCGGUGAAAGCACCGCGGCUAACUAUAGACUGGACGUACAAUAUAGUCCCAGAUUAAAAUCAGAAGAUCCUACUUACAACGACACCGCGCAAAAAUUCGAAGAAACAACUCUGCUUGGUACAAGCUUGGAACCCUUCGAAUGUAUAGAUUUUGAAGCAAAUCCUCCACCUCAAUAUCGAUGGGUGCAUCUUCGUGGUGGCAUGACGGAGACCAUCGAGAAUCCGCUGCAGACCAAAGACGGUGGUAAACGUUUACAUUUGAACAACGUGAUGUGGUCCGACGAAGGGGAAUAUCGAUGCGUGGCAUUCAAUGUGAUCAACGGAGUGAGGAGAGAAAUGCCCAGCGAGGCUCGUUACGUGCUCCACGUAACCGGACCGCCUGAGAUACAAGCGAGGCCGUCUUCCGGUGGAAAGGGCAUUUACGAGUCACUAGGAUGGGCCGGAGAACCGGAACACACUUUAAAGUCUCGCUUUUGUUCGAGACCUCCGCCUAGACUCGUUGCUUGGCAAUGGGGAAGCUCGCAUAUCAGAGCUGGCGAGAGUAUUCAUCCAAAAUACGAAGCACUAUCAUUAGAGCAUAUCAAGGAAAACGAUAUGCCAACUAAUUGCUACUGGGCCAAGCUAAUGAUCAAGGAUCUCCAAAUAGAGGACGCUAGAAUAUACACCCUCUUAGUAGAAAGCGAAAAGGGUAGAGAUUCCACUAAUAUCAAACUAACUAUUCGUGACCCAACGGAGAUGAGAGUAAUUGCAGCAGCAGCUGCAGUAGGGCUAUUGUUUUUUCUUCUUCUAGUAUUCAUUGCUGUAUAUUCAGUGUUAAGGUUGAAGAAUAGAAGAUAUCGUCGAGAAGAAGAUGGUAGCAUUGCUGCAGAUGCAUUAUAUAGCAAUACACCUACAGCAGAUAGACAGAAGAAUGUGAACUCAUCUCAAAAUAAAGCGUAUGUGAGAAAGACGAACACGGAGGGUGGAUUGGCUGUUACGUAUGAUUAUGAUCAGAUCACGAAGCAGGUGCGCGCCAUGAGCCCAGAAGCACUGAAAGUCAGGCGAGCACCAGCUGUUCUUCAACCACCAACCAUUGUAUAACUGUUGAUAUGCUCAUUGCCAUGACAAUCGUCGAUGACUGACGGUGAACUGUUCUAUUGUGACUUAUCUGUUACUGACCAUAUUGUGUAGGUCCGUCUUCGCUAAAAACAGGUCAUAUUUUGUAUUACUUGUGAUUGAAAAUUGAAAUAGCAGAAUUCAUAGACCCUCUAUGGUAAUGCUACAGAAUCUCCAUUUAUUUUUUCCUUAAAGAUGAAGUUUAUGUAAAAUUUGGCAAUAUUAUUGGUAUAUUGCCACAAAUAAAAUUCAAUAGAUGUGAUAAUUUCAUUACAAAUGAUAUUGACUGUGAGUACUUGACUGAUUGAUUUGGAGGAAUUUUCUAUUUUAUUAAUUGGAAAUUGAAUUAUUUGUUGUUGCUACUAUUGUUACAUUUUAAACUGAUUUUAAGCUUUAUUAAUGUAAUUUUGUAGUAAGUAGAUACUAGAUUUGUAAUAUUGUUUAAGCAACAUAAAUGCAUUUUUAUAUCAAUGUACUGGAAUUGUAUUUUUAGUAUUUGCGUGACUGAUCUCGUUGUUGAACAUCGUUUCCCUUGUUACAUACUCAGAGUCUUACAUCGAUACUUAAUUUUGCGACGAUAUGUUUGUGUAAAAAAAGAAUGCCAAAUAAUAAAUAUAUGUACAUAUUAGAUAAUUACGUAAAGAAAAUGCUACUGAGUGCUAUAGGAAAUACUUAGCUAAUUUUAAUAGUACUGUAUAUGAUGAAUCUUGCACUAUAAAGUAACAUUGUGUUCAGUGCAAUAAUGCAGCAUUGCAUCACAUUAAUUUAGUAUAAUGUAUUGUUAAUUCCAAAGCGUAAUAUUAAAAGAUAUUACAGUAAAUUUUAUAGAAAUAGAUUUUGGGAUUUUAAAUAUAUCAUCUAUUAAUUUAAAUUUCUCCUUUAUUUAUUUAAUAUCUUUAAACUUUCGAUCAUUGACAUCUUGACGCAAAAUAAGAUGUCCUACGUAACUAUGAAA